AUGGCCGAGAUAGGCUUGCGGGAUUAUCUUGACACAAUGGAACCAAAUGCUAAAGGGUAUUGGGAGAAGAUAAUAUCGAUAUAUCGUGACGAGUUUAACACUAAAAUCUCUAAAGUCAUAUUUAAGAAAAAUCAAAAGCAGGAAGUCUUAUGA